CCUCUUCGGCUUCCGACCAGAAACCCUAGAUGCCUCCUCCUCAACUUCGGCUUCGAUCACUGUCAGAGAAAGAGGAUAUUGUUAUUAUUAUUUUCAUUUUUUUUUAUUUCGAGAUAUAUUGGGAGAACAUUAAGCCGCAAAACGUCAUCGUUUUUGCACGACCUUUUUCUUCGCUUUUCUCGCCAUGGAUUUACCUCCAUCCACACAACGACCGGUCGACGAGCGAAAGAGAAACUCUCUUAUCGUCAUCCAUGGCGGCGGUUCCGUCUCCGUCAUCCCCGCCGACGCUUUCAUUUCCUCACCGGUUCCGCUGUCGUGAAGCUUUGUUCUUUCUUCGAAAUUGUUCAUCUUUCAUUCAGCUGAAGCAGAUUCACGCCAAAAUCAUCCGUCACUCUCUCUCUCAGGAUCAGUUGAUCGUUCGUCAGCUCCUCCAUCUCUCUUCUUCCUUCGGCGAGACACAGUACGCUUCUCUUGUUUUCCGGCAACUCCGGUCACCGUCUACUUUCACUUGGAACCUUAUGAUAAGGUCGCUCUGUAUCAACGACAAGCCUCGCGAAGCUCUUGUCCUCUUUGUCCUCAUGAUCUCUCAUCCUUCUACACCUGACAAGUUCACCUUCCCUUUUGUUAUUAAAGCUUGUCUCGCUUCUUCUUCUCUUCGUCUGGGCAAGCAAGUUCAUGGCUUGGCAGUCAAAGCUGGGUUUUCCUCGGAUGUCUUCUUGCAGAACACCCUCAUGGACAUGUACUUCAAGUGUGGACUUUCGGAUUGUGGUCGGAAGGUGUUCGAGAAAAUGCGUGUUCGGACCAUUGUUUCAUGGACUACCAUGCUCAAUGGCCUUGUCUCCUACGGCCAAUUAGAUUCUGCCCGAACCAUGUUCAACCAGAUGCCGACAAGAAACGUAGUCUCGUGGACUGCAAUGAUCACUGCCUAUGUUAAGAAUCAACGACCAGACGAAGCGUUUCGACUUUUCUGUGAAAUGCAGGUUGAUAAUGUCAGACCAAAUGAGUUCACUCUAGUUAACUUGUUGCAGGCCUCUACACAACUAGGAAGCCUAAGUAUGGGUAGAUGGGUUCAUGAUUUCGCACACAAAAAUGGUUUUCCACUUGACUGUUUCCUUGGAACUGCUCUGAUCGAUAUGUAUAGUAAAUGCGGGAGCUUGCAGGAUGCGAGGAAAGUCUUCCAUAAGAUGCAGACGAAGAGUUUAGCAACGUGGAAUGCCAUGAUCACCAGCUUGGGGGUUCAUGGGUGCGGAGAAGAAGCUCUGUCUAUCUUUGAACAGAUGGAACUAGAAUCGAGCAUAGAACCAGAUGCUAUCACUUUUGUGGGCGUCUUGUCUGCCUGCGUGAACACAAGAAAUGUAAAGGAAGGCUUGAAGUACUUCAGCCACAUGACCCAACAUUACGGUAUCCCGGCUAUUCCAGAACACUAUGCUUCCAUGAUCCAACUGCUUGACAAUGCCCUCAAAGUGACCAAUUUUUCUGACUUGGCUGAUGCUACCCCCUGCAAUCCAAACCAGAAUGCUGCAUUUCACCUGCUCGAUGCGGUAUGUAUCAAUGAUGCGAGUGAAAGUCAUGAUAAAACUCCUAGCCAGCAUUGGAUUCUGUUCUCCAAGUGAGAUGCAGGCUGACUUAGAGCACUCUCUCUUGACUUAUGGUUAUACCUGUAAGGUGUACCAAGUAAAAGGCUCCAGAAAGAUGCUAUGGUUUGAUUGCUUGGCACCCUGAGCAGCUGGAUUGUGGUUUGUAUACAGAUUACAGAUUGAACUAUAAAAAAAAAGGGUAGUAAAGAUUUGUUCUUCAGCUGCAUUUAGAUAGAUGCAUGGAGAUUCAGAGACAAGUAACUUCUGGAAGCAGAGUAUAUCAAUGCAAAGAAUUGUUUAGCUGUUCUGGAAACUAAAGCGGCAAGCAACUCCUAAGAGUAGGGAGGCUCUGGAGCAGGUGGCUCGAGUCAGAUGCUACCUUGGUCUUUGUCUCCAUGGUCCUGGGUUAGCCAAGAGGAGACAUCGAUGGGUCUGAGAAGCCAAGUUUGAGAUGGUCAAGAUUUAAGGGGAAGAGAACAUUGAUGAACAGAGAGACUCAAAAGGUACAAAAAUAUUUGCAACAGCUAACUACCUUGUUCAGUAUUUUAGGCGGGUAAUUAUGAAUCUUUACUGGAAUGUAAUCCUUCUGUGUCUCUGUGAUACAAUGUUAGAAACUUAGAAUAUCAAAAACACAUGUAUACAGUGAAAGUUUACAAGGAAUCAGAAUGUAGACCAUUUAUUUAGAUAUGAACCACAGCAUCAAUGUGUUGGAGUAUGGUUUAGGUAAGAUUGGAGCUUGGUGUGGUUGGAUUAUUCUGAAUGACUAAAAUCUCAGCUUGGGUAUUGGCCAAGAGAUUUUUGGUCUCAUGAAUAUGGUUUUGUAAUUCUAUUCUGCAUUGUGCU